GAACGCACGAGACGUGACCGAACGUGACCAUUUCCCUUGUUCUUCCCCACAAUGAGCGCGACGGGCGCCUCGACGAACGCGACCGCCGCGAAGGAGCGCCUCUACUCGCAGCUGGCGAGCAGCCUCGCACGCACGACGCGUAAUGUCCAGCGAACCGCCGACCUCUGCGAACUACUGCAGAUGGAUUUGCACGCCCUGCGUAUCUUCGCUGCGCUGGACGCGGCCAAGUUUAUGGCCGUUGCAAAAGUUGUCGAGGAACGCGCCGAUGAAGAGGAUAGGGUACUGGAAGAGCAAGCACAACAAUCAGGAUGAUUCAACGUAGAGCACGUAAGUCGGCCUUCUGCCUGUGCCACGAUGAUCUCUUAUGGCUUGGUAAUUAGUAGAUCCUCCUCAUAACCCAUCUAUACCUCUGUAUCCUAGACAGAUGCUUG